AUGUCUAAAUGGAAGAGUUCAUCCUACGAUCCACCCUUCCCCGACUCCCAACAUUCGAACAAGAGGGCCACAGAGGCUGAGGUCAGAAGGUUAUUUGAUGCGCUGGACAAAGACCACAAUGGUUACAUUGACAGGCACGAAUUGCAAGAAACAAUGAAGGAAGUGGGUCUGAACCUGACGGAGAAGGAUAUCAACACCAUGAUGCAAGUGGCCAACGUGCCCAUCAAAGACAGAAUCUUUUACGAAGGCCACAACUCGCGUUCCGAAGAAGAAGCAUGCAUAUAUUCCAUCGGAAGCGUGACAGGCAGGAGAACGUGGAAUGCAGAGUGGAGUGUGCCUCGAUGGGAUGCAUUGAAUAUAUUGAUUUUCAUCAGCACUCUGCUUUGUUUGCAAUGUUUUGGCCAGGAUAAAUCGUCUUAG